AUCAUCUCUAGGCGCCUUCCCGCCCCUCUGGUGUUCAAGCACCCGGCGCGCGAGGUCCUCGCUUUUAGCCCGCGAGUGCAGCUUCCUCCACACUCUGCAGAUAUGUUUCCAGGCGUCUCCUCUCCGCGAACCCCGGGACCAGGGACCCGACGGGGUCCGCUAGUCGGAAUCGGGCCCUCGACCACGCCUAGAGCGAGCAGGAGGGGCCUGUCUCUGGGAUCUGCGGUUAGCUCGCCUGUGCUGUUCUCGCCGGUAGGCCGGCGCAGCUCAGUGAGCUCUAGAGGAACGCCUACUCGGAUAUUCCCCUACCACUCCAUAUCAGAGUCUGUGAACUAUGACGUGAGAGUGUUUGGAUCAUCGCUCCCUGUUAAGAUCAUGGAAGCCCUGGCGAUGGCUGAGGCUGACGACCAGCUCUCUGUCCACGUCGAUGAAGGUGGGUGGGCCUGCCUAGUAUGCAAAGAGAAGCUCCUCGUUUGGAAGAUUGCUAUGUCCCCUGUGACUAAGUUGUCUGUUUGCAAAGACCUCCAGCUGCCCCCUAGCGAUUUCCACUGGAGUGCUGAUUUGGUGGCACUGUCUUAUGCUGCAACCUCAGGUGAAGUACAUUCUGUUCAGGCUGUUUCUGUCAUGGUUGCUACCAAAGAGGGGUCCAUCCGCUACUGGCCCAGCCUUGCCAGGGAAGACACCUACUCAGACACCUCUGUGGAUUUGGGAGGCGAGAAGGUGUGCAGGUUCCUGACAGCAGUGCAGGGAGGAAGUUUCAUCCUGUCCUCUGUGGGAAGCCAGUUGGUUCGAUUGAUUCCUGAGGGCUCAGGGAAGAUUCACCAGCAUGUCCUGCCCCAGGGCCAAGGCAUGCUCUCGGGGAUUGGCCGGAGGGUUUCUUCCCUUUUUGGGAUUCUGUCCCCUACUAGUGACCUCAUGCUGGCCAGUGUUCUGUGGGACAGAGGAAAUUCAAGUUUCUACACCCUGACGAGUUCAAACAUCAGCAAAUGGGAACUGGAUGAUUCUUCAGAGAAGCAGGUUUACAGUUGGGAUAUGCACAGAGCCCUGAAGGAGAGCAUCACCGAUGCUAUUUGGGGGUCUGAAAGUAACUAUGAAGCUAUUAAAGAAGGGGUCAGCAUUCAGUAUUUGGAUUUGAAACAAAACUGCGAUGGGCUCCUGAUUUUGGCAGCAGCAUGGCACCUGGGAGACAGCCCCUGUCUUGUCUAUUACUCUGUGAUCACAGUGGAGGACAACGGUAACCAGAUGUCAGAUGCAGUCACCGUUGAAGUGACUCAGUAUAACCCACCUUUCCAGUCUGAAGACCUGGUUGCAUGUCGAUUGAUGGUGCCAGACUUCCCAAGCCAGAUGACCUACCUCUACAUGGAGAGCGCUGUCUUUGUAUGCUCCACAGGAACUGGGAAGGUUUCGCUUCCUCAGGAGAAGAUUGUCUUCGAUACACAAGGAGACGGCAUUUUGGGCGCUGGCUCCUGUGGUGGAGUUCCUAUCCUUUUCUCUAGGAACAGUGGUCUGGUGUCUGUCACUCCAAGGGAAAGUAUGUCCCUGUUAGCAGAAGGCCUGGAAGAGUCUUUGGCCUCUUCCGGUGGUGGACGGGGUAGUGAGAGUAUGGUUUUUGAGACCACAAAAAACGACACUGCAGCCCAUGAAGACAAGACCAAACUGCUUAAAACUGCAUUUCUGCAGUACUGCAGGAAAGACUUGGGCCGCGCUCAGAUGAUGGCUGAUGAGCUCUUUUCCUCUCACACUGACUUGGAGUCAGAUCCUGAGUUAGACAAGGCUGUGACUCAGAUCAGUGUGGACCUGAUCGAUGACUACCCAGCCUCGGACCCACGCUGGGCAGAGUCUGUCCCCCAGGAGGCCCCUGGGCUGAGCAACACCUCGCUGAUCGUUUUGCACCAGCUGGAGGACAAGAUGAAAGCUCACUGCCUCCUGGUGGACUUCCUUCACCAAGUCGGCCUGUUUAGACGGCUGGACUCUUAUCCAAUCAGAGGGACACCCAUGACCACCCGCCUGCUGCUCUGUGAACAUGCAGAAAAGCUGUCAGCUGCCAUCACACUCAAAAACCACCACUCUCGGCUGCCAGACCUGGUGAAUGCAGCUAUCCUGCUCGCCCUGAACAAGAGGGAGUGUGAGGUGCCCCCCAGCCUGACUCCUGCCGAUGUCUUCUUUCGAGAGGUGUCCCAGGUGGACACGAUCUGCGAGUGCCUCCUGGAGCAUGAAGAACAAGUCCUGCGUGACGUUGCACUGGUCUCUCAGGAGUGGGCAGAAGUGGCGAUCGAUGUCAAUACAGUCCUCAAGGACAUGCUGCAGGCUGCCGCUCACUACCGCCUAAACAAAGGCUCUAUGUACAGUCGGGAGGAGCCGCUAGGGAAGGAGCCCGAGUAUGUGCCCUGGACAGCCACAAGUGGUCCAUCGGGCAUCCGCACGGUGAUCAUGCGCCAGCACGGGAUCAUCCUGAAGACCGUGUACCCUCAGGCUGACAGCAACCUCCGGAGCAUCGUGAUGGAGCAGCUGGUGGCCCUGAUUGACUGCUUCCUGGACAGCUACGUUUCCCAGCUGAAGUCUCUGGAGAAAUCCAGUGACCAAGAAAGAUACAGCAGUCUGGAAGUGGAAUACCUACAGAAAAGAUCGGAGCUCCUCUCUCCCCUUCUCACACUAGGCCAGUACCCAUGGGCAGCUUCUCUGGCAGAGAAGUACUGUGACUUCGACAUCCUGGUGCAGAUGUGUGAGCAGACGGACAACCAGGCCCGACUCCAGCGCUACAUGACCCAGUUCGCUGACCAGAAUUUUUCAGACUUUCUCUUUCGUUGGUACCUGGAGAAAGGAAAGCGGGGCAAAUUGCUAUCUCAGCCCAUUUCUCAGCAUGGACAGUUGGCAAAUUUUUUGCAAGCCCAUGAGCAUCUCAGCUGGUUACAUGAAAUUAAUAGUCAAGAAUUAGAAAAGGCUCAUACAACACUGCUAGGUUUGGCAAAUAUGGAGACCCGUUACUUUGCAAAGAAAAAAACCCUUCUCGGCCUGAGUAAACUGGCUGCCCUAGCUUCAGACCUUUCAGAGGACACGCUGCAAGAGAAGAUCGAAGCCAUGGCUGAGCAAGAGCGCUUCCUGCUGCACCAGGAGACCCUGCCAGAGCAGCUGCUGACCGAGAGACAGCUGAGUCUUAGUGCAAUGCCCGUGUUGACUGCACCACAGCUCAUCAGUCUGUAUAUCUGUGAAGAAAACAGAAGAGCCAAUGAGUAUGAUUUCAAGAAAGCCUUGGACUUACUGGAGUACAUUGAUGAGGAGGAAGAUGUGAACAUCGAUGACCUGAAACUGGAGAUCCUGUGCAGAGCGCUGCAGAGAGACGACUGGUCUGGCUCAGAUGGCAGAGACGAUCCGAUUGAAGUGUCUAAAGACAGUGUGUUUGUGAAGAUCUUGCAGAAACUUAUAAAAGAUGGCGUCCAGCUCAGCGAGUAUCUACCAGAGGUGAAGGACCUGCUGCAGGCCGAGCAGCUGGGGAGCCUCAAGUCCAACUCUUACUUCGAGUUUGUUCUAAAAGCAAAUUAUGAGUAUUAUGUCCAAGGACAGAUGUGACAUUUGUAGAAAUAGUUUUCUAAAAUUUGUAUAAAUGUUUGCUUAUUAAAAAAAUAUUGAGGCCAAAAAACUUAGGUCUUUUCUUAAUCAA